AUGCCUUUCACCGCCAGCGACAUCUGCAAGAUCAUCCUUGCCAUCAUCCUCCCUCCUCUCGGUGUCUUCCUUGAGCGCGGUUGCAAUGCCGAUUUCUUCAUCAACAUCCUCUUGACCAUUCUGGGUUACAUUCCCGGUAUCAUCCACGCUCUGUAA